AUGGCCUUCCCUAUUGUGGACUCGCACAUCCAUCUAUUUCCUGAAUCCCACCUUCCCACACUAGCCUGGUAUACACCUGACAAUCCACUGGCAUCUCAACAUUCAGUCGACGAAUAUCGUUCUGCAGUGAAAUCCUCCACAUCUUUACGCGGCUUUAUAUUUCUUGAAACUGACCGCCUCUCAUCGGUCGAAGAGUCGGAGACGGGAAAGCAUGGCUGGACCCAUGCCCUCGAUGAAGUUUCGCUCCUCGCACGAAUCGCAAGCGGUACACCUCUUCCGGGAGAGGGGCACAAUGCUGAAGAUCGCGAUCUUUGCCUGGGGAUAGUCCCGUGGGCGCCUGUAUCUGGAGGACCGGAUGCGUUGGAGAAGUAUAUGGCGCUAGUGAAGGAGAGAGCAGGAUCAGAGGAGGUUUGGCGUAAGAUACGAGGCGUACGGUAUUUGGUGCAGGAUAAACCAGCGGGGGUUAUGCUGCAGCCAGCAUUCAUUGAGGGGUUGAAAUGGUUGGGGAGGAAAGGCUUGACUUUCGACUUGGGCGUGGAUGCGAGGCAGGGUGGGAUUUGGCAGCUUGAGGAGGCGGUUGAGAUGAUGAGAAGGGUUUACGAGGGCGUUGAGGAGCAAAAAAAAGUCACGAUUGUGAUUAAUCAUCUUUGUAAACCAAAUCUUCGUCUCCAGCCUACUUCCGAAGACUCGAUCACAACACACCCCGAUUUCACACAAUGGAAGACCCAAGUCACAGCCAUGGCUCAGUAUCCGGCAACAUAUAUGAAGCUCUCGGGCGCGUUCUCAGAACUUCCGCCCCUCUCUCCAGGCUUCGAGUCAGAUAUUGAGUCCGUGAUCGACAAGCUUCAGCCAUGGACGGAUGCUGUCUUCGACGCCUUUGGCCCUGAGAGGAUCAUGUUCGGUUCUGACUGGCCGGUCUGCAACAUAGGAGGUGGUGGAAACCUUGUUAGCUGGAGCCGCUGGAAUCGGGUUGUUACUAGUGUCUUGGAGCGGAGAGGGUUGGAUGAGAAGCAUUCAAAGGGUAUUUGGGGCCAAGUUGCUGUGAAGGCCUAUGGAGUAACCCUUCGAGACACUCGUCUCUAAUUCACUACUAAUAUACUCUUUCCGAGAAGCACAAGGGAGAACAAAAG